CACCCCACCACACCCCAAAUAAACUCCAGCUAAAUCUACCUGAGUAAUGUGGGUGGUCCAGUGUCUCAUUUCACAUGUAAAAUGUUUUCACUUCUUCUUCUGUUAACAGCUCCACCACUGAGAUGGGUUUUACUGAUUCUCUUUCCGACUCUCAGCCAUCAGACGUCUGGAACAUUUUCAGUGAAGGUUCAGUCUCCAGCCUCAGGGUUCCUUGGUUCCUCUGUGUCUCUACACUGUGCUCUUGUAAACAACAUGGAUGCUCGAAACCUGGAAGUGAGCUGGUACCGUCCCAAAAUGCAAAACACCCCGAUCCUGUCCUACAAGAACACACAGAUCCAGAGUCCUGUAGAUGUUCAGUACCAGCGCAGAGUGUUCCUGUUAGGAGAACUGGAGAAAGGAGAUGUCUCUCUGAAGCUGGAGAACCUGACGCUAGCAGAUAGAGGAGAAUACGUGUGCCAUGUGAGCAGUGAUAACUGGUACGACAAGGCCACGGUGUCCCUCACAGUGAGAGUGGUGGGAUCCACUCCUGUUCUCUCUUUAACUGGAGCAGGAGGAGGACAGAUAAACGUUAGCUGUCAGUCACAUGGGUGGCUUCCUGAGCCGUCAAUCACCUGGACAGAUAAAGAGGGGAAAGAUCUGAAACAUCUGAGCAAAGACAAGUUCAGCAACAGUUCUGAAGGGGUUGUGGAUGUGUCCUCGUGGCUGAUUGUGUCUCCCUCGGAGUCUGAGUGGAUCUCCUGCUCUGUGGGUUUGUCUGAUCAGGAGAGAAAAGAAGGCAGAAUAAUGUUAUUCGUCCCUGCAGAGUCAUGGAAAGUUUCCUUCUUUGUGACGCUCAUCCUUCUUUUGCUCGUGAGCAUCACCGGAUCUGCAGCGUGUUUGGUGCGAUGUGGAAAAGUUCGGAUCAGGAGGAUAAGAGCUACAGGAAACAAGCUGCGCACACGUGGAACAUCAGGAACUGCAGCAGAAAGGAAACCUCUGGAUGAGAACUGUGUGGAGAAUGGGGAUCAGACAGAAGCUCCAGCUGCAGAUCAUCACACUGUGGAUGGAGAUACCAGGCUGAACGUAACACCAGCUCCAGAUUUGGUCCAAGUGAAAAAAUUCAAAGUGAACAUCACCAUCGACGGAGAGGAAACUCCAGAGUUCCUGACACACGAGGAAAAGGAGGUGAAGUGCUCCACUCCAGUGAAUACAUGGGACAGAAAUCCUGAUGAUGAUAAAAUCUUCACUCUGUGUAAAGAGAAGUUUCACUGUGGUAAACGUUAUUGGGAGGUGAAAGUGAGAGCGUCACAUAAAGAAGAGAAACUGUCCUGGUUCGUUGGUGUAGCGAGUGAUGCAGCUGAGAGAAAGUACAGCGUCCCGUUUACACCACACAAUGAACUCUGGGUUCUCUGCUAUGAAAGAGAAACAGGGCUUUAUAUCGGAGACGAAACAGAACGCAUUUCAGUCCCAGACGUUAAUAAAGAGCUCACAGCAGUGGGAGUGUUUUUAGACUGUGAUAAACACACACUGUCAUUUUAUAAUAUUGAUACACAAUCACACAUCUACACUUUCACUAACGUGGAGCCCAAAACACCUCUGCGUCCUCUGAUCAGCCCCGGAGUCCGAGACAGUCAUCCUGUACGCAUUCUUUACUACAGAUAAUGUGUAAUAAUGAGUAAUAUGGUGAUAUGUGAAUUGAUCAUAUUAGCUGUGAUCUAAUCUGUAUUUACAUAAAGUGUGAUUACGAAGUGUACAUAACACAUUCACAUCGUCUCUCGUACGGCUUUACUGUAGUCAGAAAACACAUUUUUAUUAUGUCUUUACUGAUAUGACACUAAAGUCUUUAAUAACAGAUUCUCCUAGAUCAGUUUAAGAUUUGUACAAUAAGAAUAAAUCCGCUCUGGGUGUUUAAACAUGUUUAAAUGACUGCCAGCUCACAGAAGAGGAUUAUGACCGAUAUUAAUACUUCAAAUGUAAACACAGCACAAAAUGAUCAAAACAACGUCUUAAUAUUCUGUAAAUUUUAAACUCCUCUGAGAGGAUUCACCAUCUCAGUGAUUUCACACAGUGUUUAAUCCCUUUAUGUGCAGCGUCUGUAAGUCCACGCGAAUGAGCUGUUACUAUAGAAAUGAUCCUUAAAAUGAAAUAAAAACGAGUGUAUUAAUAUA